AUGUCGGAAUCGGGCGAGAACAAGAAGACUGACCCGGAUGACAAUAAGGACAGCUCAUCAGAAGACAAUACAAAAAGCGUGCUGUUCAUCAAAGUCGACGGUGGUAAAGAGAAGGAGCCAAUUUUUAUGUUCAAGCUCCCAAAGGAACUUGCAAAUGGGACACUGGCUGAGCUCCAAUCCGCGAUCAGCACCAGCCCCGAAUUCAAAGAAUACUCGAAACUGCCCUUUGCCACCGCGAGGAGUGUUAAUUCGGAAGAAAAUGGCGGUUCAAAGACGGAGAAUAAGGAUGGCACUGGAGCUUCCAUGGGGGGCAACACCAAGUCAGCCUUGAAAGCUUACCUGAAGGGGCAGACAGCGUGGUAUCAGAGGAAGGUCCAGGACAAUAUUAUCCCAAGCAAUGACCUCGAGCUGCCUGAAAUUCCAGAGCCUCUCCCAGCCCCGGAGUCCAAGCUUCUGACAACAGGGAUAAACAAGGCUGACUGGAAGGUUGAAGGAACCACCACAAACCCACAGCAGCUGGAUGAGACGGCAUGGAAGAUAGUGACCAUUAACAACGCACUAUGCUAUGGUCUUUGCGUCGUUCGUCAGCCUGUAGGCAACGGCAAAAGCACGCCUGUUGGCUUGAUUCGGGCUCCCUACCCAGCGUUCCGUUUGAAAGAACGACGGUUAUUUGAUGACGCGGAAAAAAAUGAGGCCAAGGUCCGCAUCCCAGAUUUCAUUGUCGACGAUCAUUCAUACGUUUCUAUCUACGAGACGAAGACCCAGUUUCAAUCCUCUCUUUCAAAGUCAGCCAUAACCACAGGCGACAUCUCGUUAUCGCUUGGGCUACCUCUACCUGGCGGCGUAGGAGUUGGGUUCAGUGGAGGACGAAAGACUUCUGAAACAGACCAGAGCCACUCGGAUGAGUCGCACGAAAUGAGCUUGAUGAAUAUAUCAUAUAACUUUCCGCGUGUCACGCUCCGGUUAGAUGAGUAUAGCCUCGAGGUGACAGAAGAGUGUCAUCAGGAGCUAAAGAAGGCCGUUGAAGAUAAAAAGGCGGAUAGAUUUUUUGAAAAAUUUGGUGAAUACUUCAGCACCCAGCUUCAGUUGGGCGGGAGACUCUGGGCGUCAGAGGAAUUUGACGCACAGAGUUCUUCCAGUGCAAGAGAUGUCAAGAAUUCCUUGAAGUGGCAGGGUGCACUCUCUUUGAAGGUUGCUUCUGAUGGUCCCGGAGGCACGCUGGGCGGCGGCUCCGGAAGUGGUAGAGAGAUUCCAACACCAAGUCCGACAGUCGCCUUGACAAGAGCCGGAAAUCUCCACAUUUUGCAUCUCCUUUGCAAAUUUGAGGAGCCAUCCGGAAUAAAGAACGAGGUCAAACAGCUUCUCACCCCAGCUGUUAAGGAUCCUCUUCCUCCGACCGGACCAAUCAAACACCCCGUAUUGAAUCAGCGGCAGGGUAGAAUGUUUUACCUUAAACGAUUACCGCUGGGUGAUUGGCCUUGGAACAAGUAUCUUAUGGCGUAUCAAAGAGAGGCGGCGCUGUGGAAGCUAGACGACAUCCUUAAGCUGGAAAAGACGUCAAAACAGCUUCCGAAUGAGUGUGGAACGGUCACUCUCAACUGUGGAACCGGCGGGGAUGAUUUUGAUUGCCAUCAAUAUGGCUGCUACCUUGAAUUCCAGACUCUGAAUAGAAACGGAGUAGCCAAGAUCAUGUAUGGCCAACCAUAUCUCCUUAGAAAUCCGUCAUCAGAGCUGUACUUCACCAUGAUGUCGUUCGAAAAAGAAAGCACCGACACGCCGGCUAAGGAAAAGAAACCUGAUACACUGCGUGAUACAUUCCCUGUUGCAACACCUUACGUUCCAACCGAUGGGUACUGGUUCCUUCGCGGGCGUGAUGGUACCGACAUAGGACCAGUUAAAUCACACGACCAAGUCACCCUUCGAUGGCGUAAAUUGGAAGAUGGCAAUUGGAACCCAGAGAGCAAUGCUUGGAUUCUGAAUGUGUUUUAUGAAUCUAAGUGGAGCGGGUUACUUAGGAGCCAUGUGACACCGACUACGCUCCAGGAAGUGUAUUUCGACGUGCUGUACAAGGAUGAUUAG